AUGUGGGAACGGACACUCCAAGACCUCAUCCGUGGUUUACGCGCAAACAAGAAGGAUGAAGCCAAGUUCAUUGCCCAGGCAGUCGAGGAGAUACGUCGGGAGAUUAGGGGCAAGGACAUGGAGCUGAAGGCUGGAGCAGCCCUCAAACUCACAUAUGUUCACAUGCUUGGCUACGACAUGAGUUGGGCUUCCUUCCAUGUAGUUGAAGUCAUGUCUUCUUCCAAAAAUCAUCUCAAGACAGUUGGGUACCUAGCCGCGGUACAAUCCUUCAGUCAGGAUACGGACGUCCUAAUGCUCACGACGAAUCUACUCAAGAAGGAUUUUGCUUCAAAACCCGAAGACGUUGCCGUCACUCUCAAUGGCUUCUCGCACAUCGUCACACCAGACCUAGCUCGGGAUUUGGGACCGGAUGUCAUCAAGAUGCUGACGCACUCUAGGGCUCAUAUUCGCAAGCGUGCCGUGAUUGGGCUUUUCAAAGUACUCGACAAAUACCCUGAGCUGACGCAGCAAGCCAUGACACGCCUCAAGGAGCGCCUGGACGAUUCAGACCCAGCCGUCGUCUCUGCAGCUGUGAAUGUUAUCUGCGAGCUUGCGCGUCGGAACCCCAAAGACUACCUAUCACUAGCUCCCCAGCUAUUCCAUCUACUAACGACGUCAUCAAAUAACUGGAUGCUAAUCAAAAUCAUUAAGCUCUUCGGUACGCUCACUCCGCACGAGCCACGGCUCGUCAAGAAGCUUCUACCUCCAAUUACUGAACUCAUAUCGACGACACCUGCGAUUUCGUUACUGUAUGAAUGCGUCCAUACUUGUAUAAUAGGUGGUAUGCUGCAGGGGUUAUCAGGGCAUUCACUUGCUAGAACAUGCGUGACGAAGCUUGCAAAUUUCCUACAGGACGAUGAUCAGAAUUUGAAGUACAUCGCUCUGUUGGCUAUGACGAAGAUUGUGCCAACCCAUCCACAUCUAGUCGCCGAAUACCAAGGAAUGAUUAUGUCUAGUGUCAAUGACCCCGACAUAAGUAUCCGCAUGCGAGCUCUCGAUCUCGUGUCCGCUAUGGCAAACAGAGACAACCUGCAAUCGAUUGUACAGCAAUUACUAUCACAUCUUGUCCGCACCGACAAUGCACUUCCGUCUGCUGCUCAAUCACUUGUCCAGCAUACCGCACCACCUGCAUCGGUCAACAGUGUCGGCUCUCCUUCGCAGAACCCUGCCUACAGGCUCAUUCUUGCUCAGCGUAUACUAUCGCUUUGCUCACAAGACACGUACGGCUACAUCGCCGACUUCGAAUGGUACCUCUCGGUGCUCGUCGACCUCGCAUACGUGGCAAACGCUGACGUUGGCGCACAAAUUCGUGACAAGCUCAUGGAUGUUACAGCUCGCGUACGUGCCGCUCGGGGAUACUCGGUACAAUUGAUGGUCAAACUACUGCGCGACGAGACCUUCCUCGCAAAUGUCGACGAAGAAGGCUGCUGUGCUGAGGCGCUCUGGGCUGCGGCGUGGAUCUGCGGAGAACACUGCAGCGAGCUGGCCGAACCGCAGAAACUCUUAGACACUCUGCUCCGGCCGGAAGUCCACAAGCUUGCUCCUGAGACGAUUGCGGUAUACCUGCAGGCUGCAGUUAAGGUUUUUGGGGCGUGGUGCGCUGAUUUGGCUGAGCAGUGGAAUGACGAGGAAUUGCCGAAUGUCAGAGGGGUCGCAGAGACGAUGGUCGAGCGCGUCGCCGAGUUUGCAGCCAAUGCAGACAUUGAGGUGCAAGAGCGAGCUGCGAACUUUUUGCAACUGCUGAUUUUCGUCCGGGCAGACAUCUCGAUGUUUCAGCCUAAGCCUGAGACUAACGGCAUUGGCUACAGCGAGGCCGGAUCCUCGACGUUCGGGAUAGAAGACACGCCUGUGGACCCGCGCUUCCCGAAGAGCCUGUACCUGACGCGCCCGCUCUUCAGCGCGUACGAGCUCAACCCCGUCGCUGUGAGUGCGCAAGAACAUGUUUCGGUACCCGAUGGCCUCGACCUUAACGCCUGGAUCGUGCCACCGCCGGCGGAGGAGAGCGCGGUUGAAGCAGAGGAGGAAGAUAGCAUGGCUGUGCUGAAGGUGAAGAAAAGUAAGAAAGGCAAGGGCAAGGAGGCUACGACAGGGCCGAAGACGAAGAAGAAGAAGAGAAAGGAAGACGGGAAGAUACAGGGCGAUGUCUUGACGCCUGAUGUGGAAGAGACAGAAGAGGAGAAGGCUGAACGAGAGCGAGUGAGUGCAUUCGGGCUGUUCUCUCUUCGAUUGCGUGCUGAUAGGGAUGCUAGCGCAAGGCCGAGAGACUCGAACGCCUCCGCGACGACCCUUUCUAUCUUGCAGAUGACCGGCCAUCGCGACCAAAGGAGGAAGAUGUUGACUCUAUCCCUGUCGUGCGACUCGACGACCUCCCGCCACUGCCGCAGUCGUCAGGUGAGCCUUCUCUCAUGA